AUUGUCCUAUACAUACUUUUACUUUUAAUAGAAGUAAUAAAUUAAUAUAAUUAUAUAAGAUUUAUUAAAGCGCAUAAAAACAUAGAGAUUAAAGAUUAAUGGUGAAUGAGUAGAUUAAUGUAAAUUACUGUUCGUCCUAUAAUUUUUUUAAGCUACUGUCCCAACAACCACACUGUCACUCAUCACAGCGAGGUAUGUUCCUAUGUAAGGUUAUCAAUAAAUAUUUUAUAAUAAAGGCAACAACAGAAAUUUAUCUGCAAUGUCAAAAACAAAACACAAUCGUUCGUUUUCAUUCACAGCGUCGUUUAGAAGAAGCAUACCGAUUAGUCAAAAAUAAAUGCCAAUCAAAAAAAUUGCCAAAAGAUGUUAACCCCAAGGCCGUUUUUGCCUGUAAUGAACUAGAUCUCAAAGAAGUUAAAGUCUACGGAUUUGAUUAUGAUUAUACACUUGCAUGUUACAAACCUUCCUUGGACUAUCUUCUCUAUAACUUAGGUCGCCAAACACUGAUAGAACAGUUCAAAUAUCCUCAAGAAAUUAUUAAACUUCCGUACAAGCCUGGUUUUGCUGUUAGGGGUCUACAUUAUGAUAUUGAAAAGGGCGUCUUAUUAAAACUGGAUUCCUUUCUACAAAUUCAAUUUGGUUCUGUGUAUAAAGGACUAACACCAUUAACAAAUGAUGAAGUGCUUAAGCUGUACAAAAACCGAAUUAUUCCUAUUGCUUAUGUAGAAGGACACACCAAAAAUGCAGCGUUGACUUUACAGGACACCCAUUCAAAGAUGAUACAAUUGGCUGAUUUAUUUUCUGUGCCUGAAAUGUGCCUCAUUUGUAAUGUUGCUGACUAUUUUGACAGGAACCACAUUGAUUACCAUCCUGAAAUACUCUUCCGUGAUAUAAAAAAUUCUAUUAGAAGUUCUCAUCCUUUGAUGCAUAAAGAAGUUUCAAAUAACGUUUCUGACUACAUUGAAAGUAAUGAUAAAUUAAGGCCGUUCUUUGACAGGUUGAUUAAAGCAAACAAAAAGCUGUUUUUGGUUACCAACAGUCCCUAUGGUUUCGUAAAUAAAGGUAUGAAAUUCAUGGUAGGGUCCGACUGGAAAGAACUUUUUGAUGUUCUCAUUGUGCAAGCAAGAAAACCCAAAUUUUUCACUGAUGUUUCGAGACCUAUUAGAGUGUUUGAUGAAAGAAGUGGGACCCACAUCUGGGAUAGAGUCAACAAAUUAGAAAAAGGCGUUAUUUACUAUGAAGGGACAGUUAAGCAGCUGCAAGAAUUAACUGGCUGGCGUGGGCAUCAAGUUUUGUACUUUGGAGAUCAUCCUUACAGUGAUUUAGCUGAUGUUACACUAGAACAUGGUUGGAGAACUGGGGCGAUUAUUACAGAACUUACGCAUGAAAUUGCUACACUGAAUAUGGUUGAAUUUAAGAAAAAUGCCAACUGGUUGCAGAUGCUAACACAACUUAUAGAAGAUCAUCAAGACUGUGAAGAUGAGGAGGAACAGAUGAUUUUAGCUAAAUGGAUGGCCGAAAGAGAUAAAUUGAGGAACGACAUAAAAUUCGUUUUCAAUGAACAGUUUGGAAGUGUAUUCCGAACAUAUCACAAUCCAACAUAUUUCUCUAGGAGAUUAUUUAGAUUUGCCGAUAUUUACACAUCAAAUAUAGCUAAUUUAUUAAAUUACUCAGUAAAUCACACAUUUUAUCCAAGAAGAGGUGUGAUGCCACAUGAGUAUAUAUCAUAUUUUGUGUAACAACUGAAUAUCACAGUUACUAGUCAAUUGUUAUUAUAAUUAUUAUAAACGAAAUGUUGGAUAUUUAUUUUUCAAAACUGUAGUGUAAGUCAAUUCCUUAAUCUCAAAGUCGAGCUAUAAGUACUGUGAUUUCAGAGUAAAUAAAUUAGUUUCCAACUUUGGGAAAUUAAUCGUAUUUUUGAAAUUGUAUGAACUCUUAGAAGUGUAUUGAUAAUAUAAAAUGAAUUAGUAAAAAACUACUUGAUAACAAAGUUAAUAUAAUUGAGAUCAAUUACAAACAAGUAUCCCAAAACAAUGUCAAAGCAACAAAAAAUAUUUUAAUUAAAAAUAUAAAUAUGAAAGACUUAAAUGUGGAUAUGAAAGGCUUAGGGUCAAUUUCUUAAACUCUAAAGACGAAUUUAACCAAAGGAAGCUUUUAUUUGGUGGGUCAGGUUUUCCGGGUUUUCCUCACCUGUAAGUCAAAUGGCACCAUCAAUCAUCUUUAAGUCGCCCCGGAGCGCCACGUCAAAUAAUAAUAAUAGCCAUCCCUUUCCCCACACAAGCUCAGCUUUUGGGGUCAAAAUUCACUCGUAAGGGGAUGAAUUAGGGAGAGUAUUAUUAUUAUUAUUAUU